AUCACUGUAACCGUUGCUGUGUAAUUGUCCCAAUAGCCUCCUUCUACCAAACCAAAUGAAGAUUUAUCAGCUUUUUCUUCUUUGUUUUCCACUAGUUAUUUUCCUCUCUUUAAACCUGCAAUUCACGAAAGCCCAAUCUUUAGCAAAUGAGACCGAUAAAUUUGCUUUGCUCAAAUUCAAAGCAGGGAUAUCCAGUGACCCACAUCAAAUCUUUAACUCAUGGAAUCAUUCUUUUCCUUUCUGCCAAUGGUAUGGAAUCACUUGCAGUAGCCGCCACCAGAGAGUCACCUCAAUGGUGUUAGAAGGCCACAAUUUGAUUGGAUCCAUAUCACCAUAUAUUGGCAAUUUGAGUUUUUUGAGAAUCCUCAACCUGCGAAACAACAGUUUCAAUGGUCAAAUUCCCCAGGAAAUCGGUAAUUUGUUUCGAUUUCGGGAAUUCUAUCUCAACAACAACACAAUAGAAGGUGAAAUUCCCGUCAACUUGACGCGUUGUUCCCGUCUCAGGAUACUCCGCCUAUCAUGGAAUAAUCUAACUGGGAAAAUCCCUGCAGAGCUUGGCUCUUUACCUAUGCUUGAAGACCUUCGAUUCAGAGCAAACAAUCUGAAUGGAAAAAUCCCACCUUUCCUUGGCAACCUUUCAUUGCUUAAUAUCCUUGUUGGAGAAAAUAUGGAGUUAGAGGGAAAUAUUCCAGAUGAAUUGGGUCGAUUAACAAGCCUAACAUUUUUCAGUUUUGGGUUAAAUAAACUAUCUGGUGUAUUCCCUUUAUCUAUUUUCAAUAUCUCAUCUCUUAAUGUGAUCUCAAUACCGCAAAACAAGCUUUGUUGUAGCCUACCAAACAACAUUGGGUUUACUCUUCCAAAUCUCCAGAGUUUUAGUAUUUCAAAUAAUUUGUUUUCUGGGCCAAUUCCAAAUUCCUUUUGCAAUGCUUCUCAAUUGGAGAUGCUUGAUGUUGGAGAAAACAAUUUUACGGGACAAGUCCCGAAUUGUCUAGGAAAUUUACAGAGUCUUUGGUUGGUAAGAGUUGCUGUUAAUAACCUAGGAUAUAAUUCCGCUGGUGACUUGGCCUUUUUAAGGUCUUUGAAAAACUGUAGCAAUUUGAAAAUUCUAGGUUUCAGUUACAACAAUUUUGGAGGUAUUUUGCCCAACUCUGUAGCUAAUUUGUCCGUUCAACUUAACCAACUAUAUUUUGGAGCAAAUCAAAUCGCAGGAAUUAUUCCUGAUGCCUUUGAGAAUUUCAUCAACUUGGUUUCACUGUACAUGCAAAACAAUCUUUUCACUGGAGUCAUCCCUUCUUCUAUUGGAAAAUUAAGAAAACUUCAACUUCUGUUUUUACAUGAAAAUGGAUUGUCAGGACAAAUCCCAUCUUCUAUAGGCAAUCUCACUCAAUUGUCUCUACUUUCCAUUUCACAAAACAAUUUUGAAGGAAAUAUUCCAGCAGGUAUAGGAAACUGCAAGAAUUUGCAAUAUUUGGAUAUUUCAGGAAAUAACCUCAACGGAUCUAUACCCAAAGAGGUUCUUCGUCUUCCUUCCUUAUUUCAAAACUUGAACUUAUCACAUAAUUCACUCAAUGGUGAUCUGCCAACUGACGUGGGAAGGCUAACAAAUAUAAUUACAUUGGAUGUCUCAGGAAACCUGCUUUUUGGAGAAAUUCCUAGAACCAUUGGGUUUUGUUCAAAUAUGGAAUAUCUCCAUAUGCAAGGAAAUUUUUUCCAAGGAAUCAUUCCAUCAUCUAUGGCUUCAUUGAAGGGUCUACAGGUUUUAGAUCUUUCGCAAAACAACCUCACAGGAGAAAUACCAAAAGAUUUGCAAAGUUUACGGUUUGUAUUAUAUUUGAAUCUUUCUUUUAAUAAUCUUGCGGGUGAGAUUCCAACCGAAGGAGUUUUUAGAAAUGCAAGUACAAUAUCAUUGAUGGGUAAUAAUAAGCUUUGUGGUGGUGUGCCAGAACUCCAUCAACCAAAAUGUCCCACUAAAGCAAUGAAGAAAGGAAAGUCCAUUGCUAUUAAGUUAGCAAUCAUAAUUCCUUGUGUGAUUCUUGGUGCCGUGUUGAUGUUAGCCUUCUUGCUUUCUUAUCGAAGGAGAGUAUCAAAAAAGAAAUCAUCUGCCUCAUCGAAAGAAAUGGAUCGUCUUAUAAGGGUAUCUUACAGGGAUCUUUAUGAUGCAACAAGUGGAUUCUCUGCUGAUAACUUAAUUGGAUCUGGAACCUUUGGUUCUGUGUAUAAAGGAUUUCUCAAUCAAAUGGAAAGACCUGUGGCUGUUAAGGUCCUCAAACUUGGAACAAUGGGUGCUUCAAAAAGCUUCAUGGCCGAAUGCAAGGUGUUAAGGAGAGUAAGGCAUCGGAAUCUGGUUAAGCUGUUUACAUAUUGCUCUAGCAUUGAUUACAAACAAAAUGAAUUCAAAGCUCUAGUUUAUGAAUUCAUGGGUAAAGCAAGCCUGGAGAAGUGGUUGUAUCAUGAUAUCAACAGCAAUAAUCAAUCAAGAAACUUGAAUUUUCUUCAAAGACUGAAUAUUGCAAUUGAUGUGGCAUCUGCAUUGCAUUACAUUCAUGACCUUUGUGAAAUUCCAAUCAUCCACUGUGACUUGAAGCCCAGCAAUGUUCUUCUGGAUGACGACAUGGUUGCACAUUUAAGCGAUUUUGGUUUGGCUAAGCUCUUAUUGAACACAAAUGAUGCAUCACAAACUCAAACCAGCUCAAUUGGAAUAAGGGGGACUGUUGGCUAUGCGGCUCCAGAGUAUGGAAUGGGUAGCAUUACAUCAAAAGAGGGAGAUGUGUAUAGUUAUGGGAUCCUUGUAUUGGAGAUUUUCUCAGGGAAAAGACCAACAGAUAAAAUGUUUGAAGACCGUUUAAAUCUGCACAACUUUGUGAAGGAUGCAUUGCCAAAAAGACUUACCCAAAUCACAGACCCAACCAUUCUCUCAAGACGAAUGGAAGAAACACCAACAACAGAUACUGAAAUAGAUGAGCAGAUAGAAAUAAACGCAGAAGCAGAAUCGAGCAAUAAUGCGAACGUGAGCAGAACAAGUAUUGCUAAACAGAAAGAUUGCUUGAUUUCAGUAUUCAAAGUUGGAGUAGCCUGUUCAGUAGAAUCACCAAAAGAUAGAAUGAGCAUGAGGGAUGUUGUUAAAGAACUGCAUUUGAUUAGAAGUACUUUCCUUGGAAUUCGUAUCUUUGGAUGAAGACAGGCAAGUAAAGAACAAUCGUCGAAAGUGUUUGUCAUUAGAAAUAACCAAUAAAAUUAAUUUAUGUUCUUGCUGAUAACUCUUUCUUGAGUUCAACUCAUCUUGUUUUGAUUAAUUUCUGUGGAGUCAUUUAAUUUUAUAAAUUGGUUUUGAUGGAAAGUUAUUAAUAUAUUGGCUAAUCUUACUAGUUUCUUUCUGUAAUUUCAGGAGAAUUACACUUCUUGAAUAAGUCAGAGGGCCAUCUGUUAUGCAUUCUUCACCGAGUCCUUGCAGAGUAAAUAAAGUUCUAUUUACAGUAUAGCUAGCUCUAUGCUUUCGCAUAAAUGAGCAAAUGUAAAAAUCUAGUAUCUACAUACAGGUUGUUCUAUUAUAUAUGCUUUUACUAAUAGAUUGAUGUGCAAUAAUA